CUAGUCAAAGAUAAAGUCUCUUCUUCACCUCGGUCUCCUCCAUCUCCAUUUCCGAAACCCUUCUUCUUCGGCUAGUCUCUCGACCUGAGUCCUUCCUGCGAUUCCGAUGGCGAGCCGUUGGUUGAGGCCUGAGGUGUAUCCAUUGUUCGCCGCCGUUGGAGCUGCUGUCGGGAUUUGCGGCUUCCAGUUGGUGCGCAACAUCUGCAUCAACCCUGAAGUCAGAGUCAGCAAGGAAAAUAGGGCAGCUGGAGUUCUGGAGAACUUUGCCGAGGGAGAGAGGUAUGCAGAGCAUUUCGUGAGGAGGUUUGUCCGCAACAAAGAUCCCGAGAUCAUGCCAUCCAUCAACAAGUUCUUCACCGAUCCCAAAUACUGAACAGACGCUCCCCAUCUCAUCCGGUUUAUAAACCUUAUUAUGAUGUAACAUAAUGGGAAUUUGUGCUGGUUUUCAUUGUGACAGUAGCCAUCAAACUCGAAAAUAACUGGUGUGUGAAACUUUUUCCGAGUUUUCUUAGAGUACUGAAAUGAAUUUGAGAUGUUCAAAGGUUGAGAAUGCUACGAAUGUUGACCUCAUCUGUUUGUAA